UUUUGAUGUUUGUUUCGUUCAAUCAAUUAAUCAUUUUUGAUCGGAAUCAAAAAUCGUGAUGUCAUUUCGAUUGAUUUAUCAUUUUGAUUUGAUUUGGUGAUGAUCGAUAAAUCAUCGAAUCGAAUCUAAAAUUGAACCGAAAGAAAAAUGUUACAAUUUAUGGAUUAAAAUUGAAUACAAAAAUAUUUGCUGAAAAAAAUCCCAAUCUGAUUGAUAGUAAACAUGGUAUUCGUAUGGGAGAAAUAUCACCGGAAUGUGAUGAUGCAAAGUCAAAUUUAGAUAUCGAUUGGAAUGGUUCACCAAUCAAUCAUACAUGUUAUCAUCGACAACCAUUUCCGAUUGAUUUAAAUAUUAAAUCAAUCGUUGAAUGUGAAAAAUUAUCAUCAAAUUAUAUGCCACAACAUUUUUGUAUCAAAGAUUCGAUUGAUUAUAAUCAAACUAUACCAACAUAUGGUGAUCAUCGUCCAUUAUGGCCAAAAUUUGGUGAAUAUCAAUUUGUUCCACCACAACGAUGGUUACAUAAUGUUGAGCAUGGUGCAAUCAUAAUGUUAUAUCAUCCAUGUACACAUCCAAUAAUGGUCGAUAAACUUCGAAAAUUAGUUAAAAAUUGUAUUCGUAAACAUAUUAUAACACCAGAUUCCACAAGAUUAAAUUAUAAACGACCAUUAGCAUUAAUUGCAUGGGGUUGUCGUUUACAAAUGAAUUUUGUUCAAACAAAUGAAAUUAUUUCAUUUAUUCGGAAACAUGCUUUACAUGGACCGGAAGGAAAAUUAUCCAAAGAAGGACAAUAUGAUUUUAAUCUGAUACGGCAAGCCGACAUUCCAAUCGGUUCCAAUUAUGAUGAUGAUAUUCUUUGUCCAUUUAGUUUUCGUUGAAUUCAAUGGGGGCAAAAGUGGAAAACCAAAACAGAAAAAAAUUUUUCAUCAAAAUCAUUCCUAAAUCUGUAAACGAAAAACAAAAAAGUUUUUCAAACAAACUA